AUGGUAUCUGCUUCAAGUAACCCAAAUCCUUUAUUGCAAGGUAGUUUAUUCUCACGAUUUUUUCAUUCUUGGUUAUCUUCUUUAAUUGAUAAAAGUCACCAACAAGGAACACUUCAUCUUGAUGAUCUUUAUGAUCUUCCUGAUCAUCUUGAAUCAACAAUAUCGAUUGAUAAGUUGGAAGCAAAUUGGCUCGACGAAAUAAAACGAUGCCCACAAAGUCCGAGUUUGGUUCGGGCUACAUUACGUACUGCGGGAUGGAAAUAUAUACUUCUUAGUCUUUUACUAAUACCUCUUGAAUCAUUAAAUAUUGUCCAACCGUUAUUACUGGUUUCUUUCACAAGAUUUUUCGAACCAUGCUCAACAAUGUCUUCUAGGCAAGCAUGGUCAACAGCUUUCCUUAUUUGCAUGGCACUACUAUGUGUACAUUUGAUCUUUCACCAAGUAGUAUCUGAUUUUCUAAAAUCAGCUGAAGUCUUGAAAGUAACCGAUGAACGUGUUAAAAUUAUGUCUGAGGUUAUUCGAUCAAUGCGAAUUAUCAAAAUGUAUUGUUGGGAAUCCGCAUUUGAAAGAAAAGCUUGUCGUAUAAGAACACGUGAAAUGGUAAAGACUACUGUAUUCAUGAUGUGUCACUGUAUUGAAGCGAUCUUAUCGCAAAGUUAUCUCAGCGUAGUAUUCUUAAUGAUAUAUGGAACAAUGUGGUCGUUGAAUCUAAAAUUCGAUACACGUUCGUUUACUCUGUUAUAUGUAUUGGUGAAUUAUACACGCCAAUCAUGUAUUACUUAUUUUAAUUUUGCUAUUCGUGAUGUUCUCAAUUAUAUGGCGGCUCAAAAACGAAUUCGAGCAUUUCUUCUAUUUGAUGAAUCCGAAAGAGAUAAUCGAUUGUUAUCAACGUCUUUUCAAGACGUUCUAGAAAUAAAUAAGAUAGAUGACAGUUCAAGUAAACGACCAUCUCAAGUUAUUUGUGAUUUGCAAGAAGCUCAAUGGGAAAAAAGUGGAAAAUUUUCAUUGAAAAAUAUUAGAUUCGAUGCUUAUCCAGGUGAUUUAAUCUGUAUUAUUGGAUCGGUUGGAUCUGGAAAAAGUUCGCUUUUACAAACAUUAACAGGUGAAAUAACUCAUUUUGAUGGAAAAGUUCGAUUGCACGGAUCAUUUUGUUAUGUACCACAAGAAUCAUGGAUAUUUUCGUCGACAGUAAAAAAUAAUAUUAUUUUUGGUAAAGAAUAUAAUUCUAAAUUAUUUCAACGUGUUGUUCAUGCAACUGCCCUUGAUGCAGAUUUGGUGCAAUUGACCCAUGGUCCUAAUACUCUUGUUGGUGAUCAAGGUGUUAUGUUAUCUGGAGGCCAAAAAGCACGUGUCAAUAUGGCAAGAGCACUCUAUCGUAAUGCUGAUAUUUAUCUAUUGGAUGAUCCACUAUCUGCUGUUGACGCUAAAGUUUCUAAGCAUCUUUUUGAGAAAUCAAUCAAAAAUUAUUUACGUGAUAAAAUUUGUAUUUUGGUAACUCAUCAAAUACAAUUUUUACACGAUGCAACUAAAAUUAUUGUUCUUGAUAAUGGUGAAAUGGUACAAAUGGGAACCUAUGAAGAAUUGCUUGUAUCUUCGCCGUUAUUUUCUCAACUUCUUGAAGAUAUCAAUCAACAUAAACAAGAAGAACCGGUAGUUUCUCUAGUAAACCAACUAUCCAUGAUUGGCUCGAUACAUUCCGAAAAAGAGAAUGUCGAAGACGAAGAUAUGAAUUCAUCGUCGAGAAAUGUUGAAACAAAACAAGAAGGAAUAGUAAAAUGGAAUGCUUAUCUAUCGUAUCUACGAGCUGGUGUUGGUGCUAUUUUGGGUGUUCUUUUAAUUUUGAUUAUAUUUUCAACACAACAAACAGUAGCAAUUUAUAGUAAUUGGUGGCUAGUAGCAUGGAGUAAUGAGGAGAAUCGUCGUCAUCAAAAUUUAACUCGUUGUAUAAGCACACAGGAUAACAAAACGGAUAAAAUACGUGGGCUCAAUGAUACUGAAUGGAAUACACAUCGAAAUCAAAGAUUUUAUGUAUUCGGUGCUCUCGUAUCAAUACUUUGCUUUUUGAUAUUUAUUCGUGCUGUUGUCUGUCGACUUAUAUGUUUAAAUGCAGCACGAGUUCUUCAUAAUCAAAUGUUUAAGCGAAUAAUUCGAUGUCCUAUAUCAUUUUUUGAUAUGAAUCCAGUUGGCCGAAUAUUAAAUCGUUUUACAAGUGAUGUAGCCGCAGCUGAUGACUCUUUGCCCAUGACUGUGUUCGAAUGCCUUUCGUGUUUAAGUCAAGUUUUAGGCGCCAUUAUUCUCGUUGGAUUACUCAAUCCAUGGUCAUUUAUUCCAGCAGGUAUUGCUAUAAUUGUCAUGUUCUUCAUAAGAUACCGAUUUGCUGCAUGCGCCCGAGAUUUAAAACGACUUCAAGGUACUACACGUAGUCCUGUUUAUUCACAAUUAACAUCUACUAUUCAUGGACUCAAAGUAAUUCGAUCCUAUCAUGCUGAAAAUAUUUGUUCCAAAGAAUUUGAUUAUCAUCUUGGUAAUAAUUCGAGAGUUAGCUUUUUGAUUAUAAUAUUAAAUAGAUGGUCAGCGAUGCGUUUCGACUGGAUAUCUCUUAUAUUUAUUACCGUGGUUAUUAUACUUUCUAUCGUUGCUCGUUUAACUCAACAUCAAUUUUCAGCCGUAGAAAUUGCUCUAACACUCACAUAUAGUCUCAGUCUCGUAGGUGUCUUUCAGUGGACAAUCAGACAAUCGGUAGAAGUUGAAAAUCAAAUGACAUCAGUCGAACGCAUACUUGAAUAUUGUUCACUUGAUCAAGAACCACCUGCUCAGCUAUCUUCUAAACAUCAGCCACCAGCGAAUUGGCCAUCACGAGGUUGUAUUGUAUUUGAUGACGUUUCUAUGUCUCAUUCGAACAAGCCCAAUUCACUAUUGACGCUUUAUCAUGUUUCAUUAAUUAUCGAGCCUAGUGAAAAAAUUGGUAUUGUUGGACGGACAGGCGCUGGCAAAAGUUCAUUUAUUCAAACUCUUUUUCGUAUGGGUACAAUUGUUGACGGUCGUAUUUUAAUUGAUAAUAUUGAUAUAGCAACGCUUGGAUUAGAUGAUGUUCGACGUCGUAUUUCAAUUAUUCCACAAGAUCCUGUUCUGUUCACUGGUACAAUGAGAAGCAAUCUAGAUCCAUUUGGUAUUUAUUCAGAUCCUGAAAUAUGGAAUGCACUUGAGCAGGUACAAUUAAAGACAUUAGUAGCGGAUAUAAUGUCCAAUGGUCUUCAUUCAUUAGUAAGUGAAAGUGGAUCUAAUUUGAGUGUUGGUCAAAAACAGCUGGUAUGCUUAGCAAGGGCUAUAUUGAAAAAGAGUAAAAUUCUUGUGAUUGAUGAAGCAACUGCUAAUGUGGAUAAUGCAACCGAUGAAUUAAUUCAAAAAGCCAUUCGUGAUAAAUUUAAAGAAUGUACAGUAUUAACCGUAGCACAUCGUUUACGUUCUGUGAUUGAUAGUGAUCGGAUCAUGGUAUUGAGUGAUGGAAAGAUGGUUGAGUUCGACGCGCCUGAAGUGUUAUUGUCCAAUCAAUACUCCUAUUUUAGUUCACUUGUUGAACAGACAGGAGUAGCUGAAGCAGAAUAUCUUCGAACAUUAGCAAACUCAAAUGAAUUACAUAAAAAUAAGAAGCAGAAAACAUUUGAAUUAGAUGAUGAGACAAUGUUAGAAACGAAUGAAAUGGACCCUCUGGUUCCUUCAGCGAAAUUAUUAAUUUGA